GCCACUGCUCUUAGGCGGGAACCAGCGGAGGAGCAGACAGCGCCAUGCUGGAGCUCUGGGGCUGGGGUGAAAAAAAGAAACUGUCAAAGGCAUUUGCCUUCUUAUCACACAUGAGCAAGGUUAGGACUCUUGUUUCUUCUCAGUGCUACCUCUUUAAAAGCCAGAACAAAACUGCAGUAAACACCAUCUGGGUGGCUAAAGUACUCGAAGAAUAAUUUUUUUCAAAAAAAUUUAGGCUGGAGGUUGUCUCUCCCCCUAUCCUGUUUUUCUACCUCCAUACCUUAAAAGUAAAAAACAAAACAACAGAACUCAAUGACAAAAUCUUGAAGAAGGGCCUAAGUCUGAAUCGUAAACACUCUAAGGUUCAGGUGGUAGUUCUGAUUCGUGAUUCUGGUUGAAAGAAAGUAUGUCUUGGAAUGCGAUGUGGCUCUGGAUUAUGUUCGAGUUUAGCAAUAGUGGCAGAGCUAUUCUUUGGUUUGUGGACAUGGACCCUGAGCCUGCAGAGCAAGGCAGGGCAGGGCAAGGAGUGCUUAUGUUGAGCUCUCAGGUGCAGAGGCCCCACUCCCUUCAGCCACUGUUGAGGCUCCCCGGCCCCUGAUCUGCAGCCAGAGGCUGGUGAGGUGUGACACGCCUGCUGACAAGAGUGCCCUGUCUCGUCUGACCCGUGAACAUGGGUGUUCAGAAGUGAAGGAUCAUAGUGUUUACAUAACAUGCCGAUUAGUCACUGAGAAGCUCAUCACUGCAAUAAAUAUUUAUGGCUUGCAUUUGCAUUUUUCUCUCUCUCUCCACGUAUAUAUGUAUAUGUGCAUAUAUUAUACAUAUAUAUUGUUUUUUAAAAAGCACCAAUAAAUGAAAUCCUUAUCACUGCGUGCAAGCCUACUGUGGCUUUAGGCAUGGGACUGGCUUCCUGCGCUGGGAGUGACAGCUAUUCCGAAGUGAUAAUUGGUGUACUGUGUCUUUAAAAGGUUAAAACCCCUUUCAAAAAAGGUCUGGACUCCUAGUGGAAAAGACAAGCGAGGCAUGGGUUGGCUCUGGAUUCAGAAAACAGCUGCUGAUUAGAUUCUGUGUCUGCGGGCUGAAUUUAUUCCGUGUUUUUCAGCAGCAGGAAUUCAAGAGGGAUGCUUCUGUUUGGGUUUCUGAUCGUGAUUUAUAUUUAUUCAGAGGAAUAACAGAGGGUGGAUCUGUUCCCGGCGCGAGCAUGCUCACAACCAGCCGACUCUCCCAUUAUCCAACUGCCUAGUUUGGUGCUUCAAUGUACAUGGCUAUUCCGUGUGCCUAUGUGUGUAUACAAACACGCAUGCAUGCCUGGAUGGACAUACGUUUGCACAGGUUAUUUUUUAAGGACAAUUCUUUCAAUAAGGUCUUUACCCCUUACUUGAAACAGGUGUUCAUGAAAAAAAUGCACAAAAUCCUGCCUGGCCGGAAUAAUUCAUGAAGAAGGGGCUGGAUCCGUGGGUCAGAGAACACAGGACCAGUUUGCCAUCCCAAGGCCGAAGGCCUCCCUCCAACACAGCUCUCCAAGCUUUAGAAAUCUCUGACACAUCUCGACCAUGAGACCACGGCUGGCUUUUGGCAGGUAAACAAGGCUGAUGAAGAAGCCCUCUGAAGACACUGCUCUCCUGGGGAAGCACUGCUGUCUGUUAUUUUUCUCUCCCAGAGAUACAGCCCAGGAGUAACAACUCCUCUCCUAACCUUGGCGUCCCCUGCAUGCUGCCUGGAAACCCCCCUCUCCUUACUUCACCGAGCAUCUCCCAUAAGCCCAGAAGAAGAGCGUGAUUUCUCCUCCGAGGCCGUUGAUCUCCAACCCAGAACUAAAGGGGAGAAGAACCACCCCCAGCAUCCAGCGUGGCAUCUCUUGUGCCAGGACCAGGGAUGACUGGGCCAUGGACGCAGAUGCCUCCAACCUUCAACUGUUCGCAUAGCACACGGGGGACUCGUGGGGGCCACCUGCCACUGCCAGCUGAAACAAUACAAUGGCAAUACUGACAUCCUUCAUGACGUUUUCCCGACAGACAUUCAGGCAGAAAGUGCUGGUGCGUUUUCUGUCUGCAAAGUAGAGGGCCAUGCCUCACCAAUAGAAUAGCUUGGGCCCUGAUGACCUGCUCCGAAUCCACUCACAGCCAGUGACACUUGCAAAAAACUCCCAAAGCCGUCUUGGGUUUGGCUUCUGCAGCUCUUGACCAAUGUGGCCAAAGCUGGACACCUCCUUGGGACACUGGGAUUAUUCAUAAAUGCAGCCUGCCCUGACUCUCCCUGAGUAGCAUCUGAAGUCUUUGUGAAGGUCAUGGAUCCUGAACAAAGUGUCAAGGGCACCAAGAAGGCUGAGGGAAGUCCCCGGAAGCGGCUGACCAAAGGAGAGGCCAUUCAGACCAGUGUUUCUUCCAGCGUCCCAUACCCAGGCAGCGGCACAGCUGCCACCCAAGAGAGCCCCGCCCAAGAGCUCCUAGCCCCGCAGCCCUUCCCGGGCCCCUCAUCAGUUCUUAGGGAAGGCUCUCAGGAGAAAACAGGCCAGCAGCAGAAGCCCCCAAAAAGGCCCCCCAUCGAAGCAUCCGUUCACAUCUCACAGCUUCCGCAGCACCCUCUGACACCAGCAUUCAUGUCUCCCGGCAAACCUGAGCAUCUCCUGGAGGGGUCCACAUGGCAACUGGUCGACCCCAUGAGACCUGGACCCUCUGGCUCCUUCGUGGCCCCUGGGCUCCAUCCUCAGAGCCAGCUCCUUCCUUCCCACGCUUCCAUCAUUCCUCCCGAGGACCUUCCUGGCGUCCCCAAAGUCUUUGUGCCUCGUCCUUCCCAGGUCUCCUUGAAGCCCACAGAAGAGGCACACAAGAAGGAGAGGAAGCCCCAGAAGCCGGGCAAGUACAUCUGCCAGUACUGCAGCCGGCCCUGUGCCAAGCCCAGCGUGCUCCAGAAGCACAUUCGCUCACACACGGGUGAGAGGCCCUACCCCUGCGGCCCCUGUGGCUUCUCCUUCAAGACCAAGAGUAAUCUCUACAAGCACAGGAAGUCUCAUGCCCACCGCAUCAAAGCAGGCCUGGCCUCAGGCAUGGGUAGUGAGAUGUACCCACAUGGGCUGGAGAUGGAGCGAAUCCCUGGGGAAGAGUUUGAGGAGCCCACCGAGGGAGAAAGUACAGAUUCUGAAGAGGAGACUAGUGCCACCUCUGGUCACCCUACAGAGCUCUCCCCAAGAUCCAAGCAGCCCCUUCUCUCCAGUGGGCUGUUCAGCUCUGGGAGCCACAGUUCCAGCCAUGAACGCUGUUCCCUGUCCCAGUCCAGCACCACCCAGUCACUCGAAGACCCCCCUCCAUUUGUGGAACCCUCAUCUGAGCACCCCCUGAGCCAUAAACCCGAAGACACCCACACGAUUAAGCAGAAGCUGGCCCUCCGCUUAAGCGAGAGGAAGAAGGUGAUUGAUGAGCAGGCAUUUCUGAGCCCAGGCAGCAAAGGGAGUACUGAGUCUGGGUAUUUCUCCCGCUCUGAGAGUGCAGAGCAGCAGGUCAGCCCCCCAAACACCAACGCCAAGUCCUACGCUGAGAUCAUCUUUGGCAAGUGUGGGCGAAUAGGACAGCGGACCGCCAUGCUGACAGCCACCUCCACGCAGCCCCUCCUGCCCCUGUCCACCGAAGACAAGCCCAGCCUGGUGCCUUUGUCUGUACCCCGGACGCAGGUGAUUGAGCACAUCACGAAGCUCAUCACCAUCAACGAGGCCGUGGUGGACACCAGCGAGAUCGACAGCGUGAAGCCACGGCGGAGCUCACUGUCCAGGCGCAGCAGCAUGGAGUCCCCGAAAUCCAGCCUCUACCGGGAGCCCCUGUCAUCCCACAGCGAGAAAACCAAGCCCGAACAAUCACUGCUGAGCCUCCAGCACCCGCCCAGUACCGCCCCCCCUGUGCCUCUCCUGAGAAGCCACUCAAUGCCUUCUGCCGCCUGCACUAUCAGCACCCCCCACCACCCCUUCCGAGGUAGCUACUCCUUCGAUGACCAUAUCACCGACUCCGAAGCCCUGAGCCGCAGCAGUCACGUGUUUACCUCCCACCCCCGGAUGCUGAAGCGCCAGCCGGCAAUCGAAUUACCUUUGGGAGGAGAGUACAGUUCCGAGGAGCCUGGACCAAGCAGCAAAGACACAGCCUCCAAGCCCUCAGAUGAACUGGAACCCAAGGAAAGCGAACUUACCAAAAAGACCAAGAAGGGUUUGAAAACAAAAGGGGUGAUCUACGAAUGUAACAUAUGUGGUGCUCGGUACAAGAAAAGGGAUAACUACGAAGCCCACAAAAAAUACUACUGCUCAGAGCUUCAGAUCGCAAAGCCCAUCUCUGCAGGCACCCACACAUCUCCAGAAGCCGAAAAGAGUCAGACUGAGCAUGAGCCGUGGUCCCAAAUGAUGCAUUACAAACUGGGGACCACCCUGGAACUCACUCCACUAAGGAAGAGGAGGAAAGAGAAGAGCCUUGGGGACGAGGAAGAACCACCUGCCUUUGAGUCCACAAAAAGUCAGUUUGGCAGCCCCGGGCCAUCCGAUGCUGCUCGGAACCUUCCCCUGGAGUCCACCAAGUCACCAGCAGAACCGAGUAAAUCAGUGCCCUCCUUGGAGGGACCCACGGGCUUCCAGCCAAGGACUCCCAAGCCAGGGUCCAGUUCAGAAUCAGGGAAGGAGAGGAGAACAACGUCCAAAGAAAUUUCUGUCAUCCAGCACACCAGCUCCUUUGAGAAAUCUGACUCUCUCGAGCAGCCGAGUGGCUUGGAAGGGGAAGACAAACCUCUGACCCAGUUCCCAUCGCCCCCACCUGCCCCACACGGACGCUCGGCUCACUCCCUGCAGCCCAAGUUGGUCCGCCAGCCCAACAUUCAGGUUCCUGAGAUCCUGGUAACCGAGGAGCCUGACCGGCCGGACACAGAGCCAGAGCCGCCCCCUAAGGAACCUGAGAAAACUGAGGAGUUCCAGUGGCCCCAGCGCAGCCAGACACUUGCCCAGCUCCCGGCCGAGAAGCUGCCACCCAAAAAAAAGAGGCUGCGCCUGGCAGAGAUGGCCCAAUCAUCAGGGGAGUCCAGCUUCGAGUCCUCUGUGCCUCUGUCUCGCAGCCCGAGCCAGGAAAGCAGUAUCUCUCUGAGUGGGUCCAGCCGCUCAGCCUCAUUUGAGAGGGAUGACCAUGGGAAAGCCGAGGCCCCCGGUCCCUCAUCUGACACACGCCCCAAACUCCUGGGCACCCACAUGUUGACUGUCCCCAGCCACCACCCGCAUGCCCGAGAGAUGCGGAGGUCAGCCUCAGAGCAAAGCCCCAACGUUUCCCAUUCUGCCCACAUGACCGAGACACGCAGCAAAUCCUUUGACUAUGGCAGCUUGUCCUUGACAGGCCCUUCUGCUCCAGCCCCAGUGGCUCCACCAGCGCGGGUGGCCCCGCCAGAGAGAAGAAAAUGCUUCUUGGUGAGACAGGCCUCUCUGAGCAGACCUCCAGAAUCUGAGUUGGAGGCUGCCCCCAAGGGAAGACAGGAAAGCGAAGAACCACAGCCCUCAUCCAGUAAACCCUCCACCAAAAGCUCAUUGUCCCAGAUUUCCUCCACGGCCACCUCACAUGGUGGGCCCUUGGGAGGCAAGGGCCCAGGGCAGGACAGGCCCCCAUUGGGGCCCACUGUGCCCUACACAGAAGCACUGCAGGUGUUCCACCACCCUGUUGCCCAGACACCCCUGCAUGAGAAGCCGUACCUGCCCCCACCUGUCUCCCUUUUCUCCUUCCAGCACCUCGUGCAACAUGAGCCAGGACAGUCUCCAGAAUUCUUCUCCACCCAGGCCAUGUCUGGCCUCCUGUCCUCACCAUACUCCAUGCCUCCACUUCCUCCCUCCUUAUUUCAAGCCCCACCGCUUCCUCUCCAGCCUACUGUUCUGCACCCAGGCCAACUCCAUCUCCCCCAGCUCAUGCCUCACCCAGCCAACAUCCCCUUCCGACAGCCUCCUUCCUUCCUCCCCAUGCCAUACCCAGCCUCCUCAGCACUCUCUUCUGGGUUUUUCCUGCCUCUGCAAUCCCAGUUUGCGCUUCAGCUCCCUGGUGAUGUGGAAAGCCAUCUGCCCCAGAUCAAAACCAGCCUGGCCCCACUGGCAACAGGAAGUGCUGGCCUCUCCCCAAGCACAGAGUACAGCAGUGACAUCCGGCUACCCCCUGUGGCUCCCCCAGCCAGCUCCUCAGCACCUACAUCAGCUCCUCCACUGGCCCUGCCCGCCUGUCCAGACACCAUGGUGUCCCUGGUUGUGCCUGUCCGUGUUCAGACCAAUAUGCCAUCCUAUGGGAGUGCAAUGUACACCACCCUUUCCCAGAUCUUGGUCACCCAGUCCCAAGGCAGCUCAGCAACUGUGGCACUUUCCAAGUUUGAGGAACCCCCAUCAAAAGGGACAACUGUGUGUGGUGCAGAUGUGCAUGAGGUUGGGCCCGGCCCUUCUGGGUUAAGUGAAGAGCAAGGCAGAGCUUUCCCAACUCCAUACCUGAGAGUGCCUGUGACAUUACCUGAAAGAAAAGGCACUUCCCUGUCAUCAGAGAGUGUCUUGAGCCUGGAGGGGAGUUCAUCAACAGCAGGGGGAAGCAAACGUGUCCUUUCACCAGCUGGCAGCCUUGAACUUACCAUGGAAACCCAGCAGCAAAAAAGAGUGAAGGAGGAGGAGGCUUCCAAGGCAGAUGAAAAACUUGAGCUGGUAAAACCGUGCAGUGUGGUACUUACCAGCACUGAGGAUGGGAAAAGGCCAGAGAAAUCCCACUUAGGCAACCAGGGCCAGGGCAGGAGGGAGCUAGAAAUGCUGUCCAGCCUGUCCUCAGAUCCAUCUGACACAAAGGAAAUUCCUCCCCUCCCUCACCCCGCAUUGCCCCAUGGGACAGCCCCAGGCUCAGAAGCUUUGAAGGAAUAUCCCCAGCCAUCUGGCAAACCUCACCGAAGAGGGUUGCCCCCACUGAGCGUGAAGAAAGAAGAUUCCAAGGAACAACCUGAUCUCCCCUCCUUGGCACCUCCCAGCUCUCUGCCUCUGUCAGAAACGUCCUCCAGACCAGCCAAGUCACAAGAAGGUACGGACUCAAAGAAGGUACUGCAGUUCCCCAGCCUCCACACAACCACUAAUGUCAGUUGGUGCUAUUUAAACUACAUUAAGCCAAAUCACAUCCAGCAUGCAGAUAGGAGGUCCUCUGUUUACGCUGGUUGGUGCAUAAGUUUGUACAACCCCAACCUUCCGGGGGUUUCCACUAAAGCUGCUUUGUCCCUCCUGAGGUCUAAGCAGAAAGUGAGCAAAGAGACAUACACCAUGGCCACAGCUCCGCAUCCUGAGGCAGGAAGGCUUGUGCCAUCCAGCUCCCGCAAGCCCCGCAUGACAGAGGUUCACCUCCCUUCGCUGGUUUCCCCGGAAGGCCAGAAAGAUCUAGCUAGAGUGGAGAAGGAAGAAGAGAGGAGAGGGGAGCCGGAGGAGGAUGCUCCUGCCUCCCAGAGAGGGGAGCCGGCGAGGAUCAAAAUCUUCGAAGGAGGGUACAAAUCAAACGAAGAGUAUGUAUAUGUGCGAGGCCGCGGCCGAGGGAAAUAUGUUUGUGAGGAGUGUGGAAUUCGCUGCAAGAAGCCCAGCAUGCUGAAGAAACACAUCCGCACCCACACUGACGUCCGGCCCUAUGUGUGCAAGCACUGUCACUUUGCUUUUAAAACCAAAGGGAAUCUGACUAAGCACAUGAAGUCGAAGGCCCACAGCAAAAAGUGCCAAGAGACAGGGGUGCUGGAGGAGCUGGAAGCCGAAGAAGGAACCAGUGACGACCUGUUCCAGGACUCGGAAGGACGAGAGGGCUCAGAGGCUGUAGAGGAGCACCAGUUUUCGGACCUGGAGGACUCGGACUCAGACUCAGACCUGGACGAAGACGAGGAUGAGGAUGAGGAGGAGAGCCAGGACGAGCUGUCCAGACCAUCCUCAGAGGUGCCCCCGCCUGGCCCACCACAUGCACUGCGGGCAGACUCCUCACCCAUCCCGGGCCCUCAGCCCCCAGAUGCCCCCGCCUCUGGCACCCAGGCUACACGAGGCAGCUCCGUCUCAGAAGCUGAGCGCCUGACAGCCAGCAGCUGCUCCAUGUCCAGCCAGAGUACGCUGGGCCUCCCCCGGCUGGGACCGGCCCCUCUGGGCUCUGUGGAGAAAGACACAGGCUCAGCCUUGAGCUCCAAGCCUGUGUCCCCGAGAAGACCAUGGUCCCCAAGCAAAGAAGCAGGCAGCCGUCCACCAAUAGCCCGCAAACACUCACUAACCAAAAACGACUCAUCUCCCCAGCGAUGCUCCCCGGCCCGAGAACCACAGGCCUCAGCCCCGAGCCCGCCCGGCCUGCACGUGGACCCAGGAAGGGGUAUGGACCCUCUCCCUUGUGGGUCUCCAAGACUUCAGCUGUCUCCUCUCACCCUCCGCCCCCUGGGAAGAGAACUGCCCCCUCGAGCACAUGUGCUUUCCAAACUCGAGGGUGCCACCGACCCAGGCCUCCCCAGAUACUCGCCCACCAGGAGAUGGUCUCCAGGUCAGGCCGAGUCACCACCACGGUCAGCGCUGCCAGGGAAGUGGGCCUUAGCUGGGCCGGGCAGCCCUUCAGCGGGGGAGCAUGGCCCAGGCUUGGGGCUGGCCCCGCGGGUUCUCUUCCCGCCCGCUCCUCUACCUCACAAGCUCCUCAGCAGAAGCCCAGAGACCUGCGCCUCCCCGUGGCAGAAGGCCGAGUCCCGAAGUCCCUCCUGCUCACCCAGCCCUGCUCAUCCUCUCUCCUCCCGACCAUUCUCCGCCCUCCAUGACUUCCACGGCCACAUCCCGGCCCGGACAGAGGAGAACAUCUUCAGCCACCUGCCCCUGCACUCCCAGCACUUGACCCGUGCCCCAUGUCCCUUGAUUCCCAUCGGUGGAAUCCAGAUGGUGCAGGCCCGGCCAGGAGCCCACCCCACCCUGCUUCCAGGGCCCACCACAGCCUGGGUCAGUGGCUUCUCCGGGGGUGGCAGCGACCUGACAGGGGCCCGGGAGGCCCAGGAGCGAGGCCGCUGGAGUCCCACUGAGAGCUCAUCAGCCUCCGUGUCGCCCGUGGCUAAGGUCUCCAAAUUCACACUCUCCUCAGAGCUGGAGGGCAGGGACUACCCCAAGGAGAGGGAGAGGACCGGCGGAGGCCCGGGCAGGCCUCCUGACUGGACACCCCGUGGGACCGAGGCACCUGCCGAGCCCACACCCACGCACAGCCCCUGCACCCCACCCGACACCUUGCCCCGGCCACCCCAGGGACGCCGGGCAGCGCAGUCCUGGAGCCCCCGCUUGGAGUUCCCGCGUGCACCAACCAACCCCGAGGCCUCUGCCACCCCGCCGCUGGACCGCAGCAGCUCCGUGGGCUGCCUGGCGGAGGCCUCUGCCCGCUUCCCAGCCCGGAGGAGGAAUCUCUCUGGGGAACCCAGGACCAGGCAGGACUCCCCCAAGCCCUCAGGAAGUGGGGAGCCCAGGGCACCUCCACAUCAGCCUGAGGACAGGGGCCCCCGCAACGCUUAGCCUCUCUCCAACUGCUUCAGCAUCUGGCUUCCAGUAUCCAGCAACAGACGUUUCCAGCCACUUUCCUUGAAUCAUCCCACUCCCUCAGCCCCAUCUGUCCCUCCGUCCAGGAGCUCUCACGGCCCCAUCUGUUGUACCUUCCCAUGUAUGCAGUUACCUGUGCCUUUUUCUACGCCUUUUGUUGCUUAAGAAGAAACAAAACAAAUCACAUACAUACAUUUAAAAAAAAACAACAACAACCCGUGAGAGGUCUGAGGCUGUGAAUAGUUUAUGCUUUUGGGGAAAGGCUGAUGGUGGAGCCUCCUGACCCUCCCCGCUGCGGUUGGCAGCCACCCACCCCAGAGGCUGGCAGAGGGGAAGGGGUGCACUGAGGGAGAAAGGAAAAGGAAACCUCAAACAAUAUAGAAUUAAAUGUAAAAGGAAGCACUCCUGUGUACAGAUGCGAUCAAGGUUCCUGUUUAUUGCCACUUUACCCGCUGCCCAGCUCGUGGCCACCCCUCUCUGCCAGCAGAAAGGUCAGUGUCCCCAGGCACAGGGGCGCAAACAGAGGCAGGUGACCCCCACCCAGGCCCCAGCAGGCAGGCCCAGAAAAAAUAAUCUUUUCCUUUUUUUUUUUUUUGCAAGAAAAUAAAAUUACACUUUUCCUAGGAUUUCAAUGCAAAAUAAUAGGUGCAGGUAGAAGGAGGAGGGUGGCUCCCCAAGGGCCCUUGGAUACUCUGGUAGUCUGAGUCAUAGGCCCAUCCUGGCACUCCCCAGGUGGGCAGGCCACCCCACCCACGCACCCCCACUCCCAACACCUCCCUUCUGCACCCCACCCUGGCCCCCUGGGCUGGGGAAGGAGCCCUGACUGUCCGUCCCUGGCUCCCAAGCCCCUGACCAAGGCCUCACUCUUCUGUUGCCUCCUCUGUUCUAAAACUACCCACAAAGGCGGAAGUGGCAGGGCCCAAGCCUUAGGGGUCGUUCCUGAGACUGGGUUUUGGGUUCUGUUUCACCCUGGGGUACAAGGGACCCUGUUCCACUCAUGGCUGGGUUUUUCCAGUGCUCCACCACAGGAGUUUGCAGAGAACUGUUUCGGGACCACCCCCUCUCCCUGCCCCACACCGUCCCUGUCUCCACGACCCCAAGGAAAUACCCAGAACUGUGGCUGGUGGAUAUGGCCCGGGCCUGUUCGCUGUCUUACACCUCUUUUUUAAAAAGAGAGAGAGGACGGUGUUUGAUACUUUGCCCAGCCACCACAGAUUCUCGUGACCUAGAGGAUUUGUGAAUUGUCCUAAGUCAUUGGAAUUCUCCAAAGCAAUCAGUGCAAGCCAGUGCCUCUUCCUUACCCCCCUCUCUACCUUCAAGAAGCUGCCCUGCAUUUCCUGGGGCAAAACUCUACUUUGUAAGAAAAAUAAUAGGACCAGAAAUUUAAAUCCCAAAUUGAACUAUGGAACUUGAACUGUAGUGUGUUUGCCCCAACUGGGAGAGGUGAGUUUUUCCCCAGUGUUCCAGAACUGGUUUUCUUUACUUUCUACAAAGGAGGGCAGCACAGGGACUAUGGUCGUGGCCCAUGAAGGCUGGGUUUGAUGCCACCCUAUAAAGAGCAGGGACCUCUCUGGCCAGUCCCCAGUCCUCAGCCAGGCUGUAUGAAUCAAGUGCCCGCCCCAGGGCUCUUGAGCUGUUGAAGCUGUUUGGGUACAGGACACAGUAGGUGGGGAGGAUUAAGACCCUUCUGUGAGUUCCCUGUGCGGGGCCGUACUUGCCUCUUCCAAUUCGUGGCCUUUCCCUGGCCUGGCCCGGCCCCUACUAGACAGACAAACCAGCCACAGUCCAGCCUGCAGCCAGACCACCUUGUUCAUUCAUUCUCCUUUGCCUCACUCAGAGCUAAAACAAAAAUGAGACGAAAGGCAGGGCCUCCCUGGGGGUCCACUGUGUUCCAGGGUCCUGGGGAGUCAAGAUUAGCCAGCAGCUCCUGACUGCUUCCCUCAGAGAUGAGGGCUCUCAUCCUCCCCAAAGCAGCAGCAAGCCCAGCCUGGACCACACCGUCCAUAUUGCUGGACAGUGGCCUGGCAGAAAGUGACUCCUCCGAGUCCCAGGAGGCCAGGGCUUUUCCCACCCUUGCCUUUCAGCCCUGACCCAUGGGACUGCCCACGGAUUGGAAGCUUCAAGGGCUGAGGUCUGGGAGCUGCAUAAAGGCCUUUGCUUCAGCCCAGGUUAAAAAUCUCCCUGGGCAGGCUCUUUCUGCCCCAGACCUACAAUGCAGCAGACUGGGGGCUCUGGUGGACUAGCCCCUGACAUUGGUGGGGGGCCCCACACCACUCCACCCCACUCUGCCUUCCAGCUCUCGCGGGCAUUUUUCUCCCUGUACUCAAACAGCCUACCCACCCAAGGUUUCCUCCCUGGGCAGCCUAGCAAUGAACAGCGCAGCCGGCAGGGCAGAGGCCCGGCAGUCACCGGGCCCGUCAGGCUCAGGCAGAGAAGCCACAGGGGCCAGGAGUCACUGGAGACUAUUUCUAAAUGAUGGGGGGAAAUGCACAAAUAGAAUCUCACCAAAGGGCUGCCUCCACAUUGAUGCUGUGCCCAGAGGGACACAACCAAUGCCACCAGCCUGGGUGUAUGUCACUGGGCACAGCUCUAACCCCCUCCUCCGGACUCUAGUCCCAGUCCUCUGUGCACAGAGCCUCCGGCCCACAGGUACACCUUCAUGAUCUGGAGAAAGACGCUUGCCCCAUGCACGCCCUCCCCUGGGCCUUCUGCCCUGCUCCCAGUCACUUCCAAGCUUCCUGUUUGCCUGUGAUGUUAUUGUGCCUGUUGAGGGAAGCAGCAGAGGAGGCAGUGGCUGACUUGGCACAGAUGCCUGCUGCGUGCUCUUUUGAAAUGCGCGGGGUGGCCAUUCCUUGGUACAGACUAGCCCUGGUCCUUAGGUGUGGGCAGUAGGGGAGGAACCAACUGGUCGAGGUUUCAGAGCCAAACCUUGCCUUCAGUUGGUGAGUCCUUGCCCCCCAGGCCUGCGCUCCACGAUGCUCUUCACCCUUGGCAAUCUCAGUGCCAUCCUGGAUAGUAACCCCACUCCUCUCUGCUCCUGCCCACACCUAUGGCUCUCACUCUGGCCUCAAGCCUUGCGACCCUCCAGGAGCCUGACAGCAGCCAGCUGCCUGCACUGUCGCCUCCAUAAGCUCCAACUUCCAGACCCAGACGUCCCUCUGCUUCCCUCUGUUGGAAAAAAGCCUAAAAGAAUUAGCUUCCAGAUUCCUCUAGCCCCUGCUCCAUUCCCACCCAGUCCUUCUGAAGAGGAAUGAGCAAUACAUCUGAGCUGGAUUUCUCUCUAGUCCUUUCUCCAGACAAAUCCUUCUUAAAGCGAAAGUCCUGGCUGAGCACCUGUCCUUGGGGACCGAUCUGCCGUGUGACCAGGGAAAGAAAGUUCCCGAAAGCCUAUUCCACCAAUUCUGCUUCUGUGUUGUGAAUCCAGUCUGCUUUCCAUUAGAAAACCGCUUCGGCACUUACGGUCACUUUACUAAAUCUAGUAUGUAAAAAAAGAAAGAAAGAAAGAAAAGAAACAGAAAAAGGAAAUGUGCAGGCAAAUGUAAAAUACAACGCUCUCUGUAAGAUAAAUAUUUGCCUUUUUUUCUAAAAGGUGUAUGUAUUCUGUACGUGAAAUUGUCUGUAGAAAGUUUCUAUGUUCUUAAAUGGCAAUACAUUCCAAAAAUUGUACUGUAGAUAUGUACAGCAACCGCACUGGGAUGGGGUGGUCUUGCCUGUAAUUUUAUUUAAACUCCAGUUUCCACACUUGCAUCUUGCAAUGUUGAUAUGGUAUAUAUCAGUGCAAAAGAAAAAAACAAAAAAACAAAAAAACAAAAAAUCCACGCAGGUCUAAAGCACAGAGUCUGACGUACAAAAGGAAAAAUGCUCAGUAUUGAUGUGUGUGACCUUUGUUGUAAAUUACAUCUGUACUGUGAAUGAGAAGUUUUUACAAGUAUAAUAAUUGCCUUUAUUACAGCUCUGGCUGAGUGUUCAGCCUGAGGAUAUUUUUUAAAAAAAAAAUUAGCAUGUUGGAAUAAAUUUGAAAAUCCCAACAUA